UUUAAAAUCACCUUUGUUGCGUCUGUCAUCAGUUGUGUACAAAUAAUCGGGGCAGAGUUCGUUCCAAUUUUAAAUAUAAAUAGCACUGGGCUUGUAAUUAGUAUUAUUAUUAUAGUGCUUUUUAUUGGUAUCUCAUCAGCCGCAAGAAUGAAAUCGAUUUUGCUAGCUCUGCUAAUAGUGCCACUCAUCUCGUCUCUGAAGGUGGACCCUGAAAAAAUAGAAUGGUGGGAAAGCGUCAUUAAACCACACGUUGAAAAAUGUAAGGUUGAAACAAAAGUGGACCCAAAUUUCGUCGACAGAAUGAAAUUUCUGGAAUUUCCCGAUGAACCCAACUUUAGAUGUUUCGUGAAAUGUCUGUAUACAGGAAUUGGCGUGAUUGAUUCAGAAGGGCGCGUUAACGUUGAAAAAGUUGCGGAAAAGUUAACUUUCAACAGUUUGGAAAAGGCGGAAUCUUGCAAGAGAAAAGCUGAAGCAAAACGCGACUCUUGCGAACGCCCAUACCGACUUUUGCUUUGUAUUGUACGGGCCGCUUCUGAUAAGCCGGAAUCAGAUUAACCGCACAGUGACUGAUCAAUUUUGGACCUAUAAACAACGAAUGUAUCAAACAAAUUUGCUAAUUUCAUAACUCUAUUAAAGGUGUACUGUUA